CUAUACAGAUGUGCAAAAUAUAAAUAUAAUAUCGAGGCCACUUCGUGCUGACACCGCCCACCAGGUUGCGGAAGAAAAGGCGAAGAUCCCAUCUUAGCUAUGUGCGAUGUCCAGAUGACAUUACUGAGCCUAAGGCUGAUGCAAAUGAGAGGCAUUCACUGUACCAAACACCCACUCAAGUGCACAUUCAGCCCGGACGGACGAUACAUCCUUUCUGGCUCUGAGGAUGGCAAGCUGUACUUGUGGGACGUCGAAACCAGUGCUAUGUUCACGCUUGACCAGAUUUGCACAGGCAAACAGGCCAUCCAUUCUGUGACAUGGAACAACAGACAUCACAUGUUUGCUUUGGGACCUUUUGGGACUCUGACACCCAUCCUAAUCUGCAUAGCAAAAGACCAGGGGAUAAUACUUCCUGCCCAGAAGACCUCUUCGGCAGUUGCCGCUCCAAGAAUCCCUCAGUUCAGCACAAUGCCUUCUGCAAUGCAAGAACCUCCCAAGAUUCCAGAGAAGCUUACACCAAGGCGGGUGGGGGAGAUGCUGGCAAGACUACGGGCUGGGCAGAAAGAUAAGGAGGUUAAAGCGGGUGAAACAGGCCAGCAAAAAUCCUUCUCAUCAAGCACUGAGCAUAAAAUCACAACCUAUGUGAAAGCCGACUCGGAGAAUGACAGAAAGGGCACCCAUCAGCCAGAGGGCAUUGAACAUGAAGAAGGCAUUAGAAAGGAAGGAGAAGUUUCUGUUAAGGAAGGGGCAAAUGGGGAAACAGGGAGGAGGAAAGACACAUUCACGAAGGGCAUUCCUGAUGACCAGGCAGCGAAAGAAGGCACCAUGAAGCAGGCAAGCAAACUGAAACGACAAGGGGAGCAUGAAUCUAGUAGUGGAGACAGAAGCAAAAGCAGCACCCAAAAUAUGAGAAAGGGUGACAGUACCACAAGCAGACGCAGGACUGUGACCAAGGCUAGCAAUAGCGAGCACAAAGGAAGGGAAGAGGGAAGCAGAAGUAGAACCCGCCGCAAGAGCCGAGGCAGAAGCAGAAGCAGAAGCGCAGGCAGAAGCAGAAGCAAAGCAAAGGACCCAACCAAGAAAGCUCGCCAAUGGGAUUCUGCCAGCAGUCCAGAAGUUGCAAGCACUGGUGUGAAGGACAAUAGGAGCACAAAGAAGACUGAUACCAGCAAGGGAACCAGUAGACUGACAAAAGACAGCUUUACCGAGGUCCCAAGUGAAAAGGAUGGGAGUGUUGCAAAAGAACAUAAAAAGGUUGGGAAGAAAGCCCAGAGAAAGAAAAUCGUAGAGAAUGGUGCAAGCUCACGCAGAGAGGAUAUCCACAAAGCUGAUCACUCCGAUUUGAUACAGAACCCGGUUGAUACAGCUGCAAAGGUUUCACCUCGCACACUGGUCCAGCGGGAAACCACAUCCAAAACGGUUAUGGUAAGGAAACGGCCAUAUGAAAAUGAUGGCAAACAUAAACCGGAGGUGAAAAAGUCCGAAGAACAGGAUCAUGACAAGAGAAAAGACCGCCUCGUUGACGUGGACAAAAGGGAUGAGUUGACGAAGGCAGAUACCACAGGGACCAUGAACAAGAAGCAGGAGGAGCAGGUAGUGAUGGAAACUCCUGUCCCAGCGGCUAAGAGUUUCUCAGCGAAAAGUUCAGAGACAAAACCAACCUCCAGCACUGACGCGGAACAUGAAACGAAAACCGGAAAGAAAAAGGUGAAGGACGUGGGGUCCAGUGAGGAUUAUGAACAAGGCGAGGAAGUGCUUGCGGGUGAGAAGAGCAUUCACUUUGUAACUCAUUCCAAAAUGAAGAAGCCGCAAAGCAUUGGUACAGGAUUCACGCCUAGGCAGGGGGUGAGCAGUGGGAGGCCACCGGAGGAAACUUCAGAUAUCAAGCAGGGUAUGAAUGUCAGCGGGAGGGCAGGUGAGGAGGGUGGGCUCAUAGUCGCAUCAUUGGAAAGCACAAGGCUGCAAACUCCGCAACCACAGAGUCGUCGCCCACAACUGGCACCAGUUGUGCCCAAUUGGACCAGCAGCACUAUCAAACCUCAUGAGAGAGAGGCUCUCCUGUUCCGCACAAGGAAAGUGGGAACAGAGCUGGGAAGUCUACAGGAAGACCGAACCAGCAAAGACAUCAGGUGGUUUCCCGAGGCAGCAACCUUCGUGGUGACGCCUGAGGGGCCAGAACCCAGGGAGACAUUGAAUGACACCCUCACGGUGGAGGAAGUGUGGCAGGAAGCUCCUGCAGGCACAAUGGAAAAUCCGUUUGCAAAUUGAUCUCUGACAGAAGGCGAGCAUGAAGUGGCUGGAUCAUCAGUCUUUGCAAUGGACACAACAAUGGUAAGAGAAACUGAGAUUUCCUCAACCUUUCCCUUCCCCCUUCUUACUCUACAUGCAUGUCAUCAACCAUGGCAGCAUGUGCGCAUAUGCCAAGCACUGCCUAGUAGGAAAAUAAAUUAAAUAAUACUAU